AUGCCUCAGAUAAAUCGCGGACAGCUGCUGCUGUUCAUCGUUUUUCUCACGUUCUUGCUCCCGAGCGCCCCGCCAGAAGAGGCCGGGUACUUGUCGCCAGAAGAACGCAAACAGAUCGUGGCCAAUUACAAAGAUACGAUAUCCACAGAACGGACCGCAAUGUUGUCUAAUGACUACGCAGCAGGAUACGGUAAUGUCACAGGGUACAAGCUGAGCUACGGCGACGUGCUAAAGGGCCGUCGUGUGGAAGACUGGCCGUUCGACGACCACACAGAGUUCACAGAGUCCGAAAAGUACAGCAUACUCCCCACACAAGUUAGCCAGCGCGCGCGGUCGGUGUGGGAACAGAAGGACACGGAGUCGGGAGUGUUCUGGCGGAACAUCUCAGGCACCAUAAGAGGAGAAUAUACCAACAAGGAGGCGUUUGCCAACAUCCCCAUGCCCCUUCCGUACUUCUACCAGAAUCUCACCGAAUACGACCAGAUCACAAGCAACUUGACCAACAAGGCUGGAAACAUCACAGACGAACACGGACUUGUUCGAAUGGCGCUCAAAAACUACAACAAUACCCCUCAAAGUCAGGAUACCUCAUUUGUCACGUUAAACGUCAGAAUAAGCGAUAACGACGAACAGCACGGUCACACGAUCGAAUUGCACGGUGUCUACCACGAGCAAACAGGCAAUCUUGUCGCCGUCACAACGUCGGGGAAAUUUGCGGGCAUUUACGGGUUGCCCCACCUCAACUUGCAGGACGACCGCUAUUUCAACCAGACGCAGGUUUUGUUGGAGAGCGUCGUCAAUAAGACCAGUCUGGACGAUAUGGACCUUACUACAGUCGAGGAGAAACUGGGACGAAGCUCCAUGUGCGAAUUCAUAGCCUACAUGCACUUCAGUUCUACAAAUUUGACUUCCAGCGAGCUGGAGGUUAUCGAUAACGAACUCGCCACUCCUCUAGGAAGACCUCAUAAGCCGAUUCCUCAACUGGUUGCCUCCGGGCUGUUAUACUCACCAGACUGCGGUCUCUCGAUCAACAUACCACAGUCCGCCGGGCCGCGGGAUGAGGUCCAGCAGAAUAGAGUGAAGAACGUGCUGCUUUUGGGAAUUGCGCUCAUGAGUGCCCAAAUCUGGCUCUUUAUCAAGCAGAUGGGCACAACAAACACCCCGUCCACCAUGUCGUGCAUCUCUUUCUGGUCGAUUGCCACCAUCAACCUCAUUGACGGCUCGCUCUCCAUGAUCUCGCUGCUGUGCUCGUUAAUCUUUGGUACCUUGUACAUCCAGUUUGCCGUUUGUGCAUUUUUGGCAUUCACCUGCUCGUCUAUCUUUGAGAUGCGGUACAUGAUUCUAAUCUAUGCCACUCAGAUCAACGAGCGAAGCAUCAGUUGGAGAACCGCUUUUCAAGGCACGCCAAUCGACGAGCGCGAAAACACAGAGACCCAGGCCGCCCCAGUGACCGCACAGGACGAACAGACCAUCAGCGGCCAGCUGUACAUGCGGUUUUUCUUUUCGCUAAUUGUUUUCUCGUUCCUCGUGCUGAAUGUGACCUUGUGGCCGAAGAAGAACAGAAUUGGGUUUGAGUACUGCAUUGGGAUCUUGAUCAACUCUUUCUGGGUGCCCCAGAUCUACAGAAACGUGAUCAGAGGGUCCAGAAAGUCGUUCAGACGCGACUUUAUCGUUGGUACCUCGAUCAUCAGGUUUCUGCCGAUUGCGUACUUGAACUUGUUUGAAAAUCCGUUCUAUCACCACAGAGACUACAAGCUGGUGAUCUUACUGGCCGGAUGGCUCGCCGUGCAGAACGGUCUGCUGUAUCUCCAGGAAUUGUUUGGACCUCGCUUCUUCUUGCCAGACAAGUACCUACCCAAGACUUACGACUACCACCCUCUACUCUCCUUUGAGGACCUUGAAAACUCGUUCAACGUUGACCACGAAGUUGUGGACUCUUCACAAUCGCACUCCAAGUGCAAGAUCGACUGCACUAUCUGCAUGAACUCGUUUGAGGUUCCUGUUCUCCACAAACGUCACGAUAAGGAAGAUUCAGGUUCUGUGGGCCUCAUGGCUCGUCGCGCUUACAUGGUGACCCCAUGCAGACACAUUUUCCAUACCGAGUGUUUGGAAAACUGGAUGAAGUACAAAUUGCAAUGUCCGGUGUGUAGAAAUAGUCUGCCACCGCUGUAA